UCAGAAGAAUUUUUCUCGAUGUCGUCGUUGCGUUCUGAAACUGAAAAUGUGAAGGAAAAAUUUUAUUUUACACGACACUUCGUUGAUCAGUUAUUUAACAAUAUUUUGUUUAAGUUAAUUUUCUACAACUAGUGAAAAUGGAGGAAAUUGAAAAGUUGGAGUACUUGUCACUGGUGUCGAAAGUGUGCACGGAGCUAGAUAACCACUUGGGCAUGAACGACAAAGACUUGGCCGAGUACGUUAUCGCGUUGGCUGAUGAAAACCCAACCUUCGAAGGGUUUCGAUCUGCAUUGGAGAAAAAUGGAGCCGAAUUUACAGACUCGCUGACGGCUAAUUUAUUUAGAUUAAUUCGUCACAUGAGGUCAAAGUCUCAAAAGGAGAGAGGUGCUGCUGGAGAUAAGGGAGCUUCGACUUUUGCUGCAACAGACGCAAAGACAGAAGUGCUUGCACACAAGUUUCCGUUUUUGGCCAUUCCUGAUAAACCGGAAGUUCAGUCAAUGUUGCAAGCGGAAAUUCAACAGAAAAUCAAAAUAGAGAUUGAAGAAAAGUCCAAGAAAGCAGAAUUAGAUAACAUGAUGGCAGCGCUGGAAUCUUUUGCUCCAUCCAAACAGGACACGAAAGAAAAAAGUCCUAGGGGUAACCACAAACCUUCAAAUAGGAGAAGUCGGUCCCCCUCAUCGAAAGGCAGGCGGAGAAGCAAGUCACGAUCAAGGAGUCACUCGCCAAAGAGAAAGAGAAGAUCCUCUAGAUCUAGAUCUAAAAGUUAUGACAGGAAUGAUAAUAGGUCACGACGAAACCGAGGUGGAAGGCACUCAAGAUCUCGCUCGCGUGAUCGGGAUGAUCGCGCAAGACUGAGGGACUAUACAAAGACAGAGAAACCAUAUUUAAGUGACAAGCUGCCGCCAAUGGAGCCUGAAGUCGGAAAAAUCUAUACUGGGAAAGUAGCAUCCGUUGUGAAGUUUGGAUGUUUCGUUCAGCUUGAUGGUCUUCGUGGCCGCCCUGGUAGAAAUAGAUGGGAAGGUCUUUGCCACAUUUCUCAACUCAGACGAGAAGGUCGUGUCAACACACCAGAAGAUGUUGUUUCCAAAGGCCAACAAGUAAAGGUCAAAGUUUUGUCAUACAACAACGACAAAGUCAGUCUAAGCAUUAAAGAUGUCGAUCAAGAAACUGGCGAAGAUUUGAACCCAUCCAUCAACGUAGGCAAAAUCAAUGCAGAUGGGAGAGUUGAUGAUGAAAGUGAUAUGCGAAAUCCUGAUCGUCCCAUGAGCAAGAUCGCUUAUGUGAUCCCUGCACUUCGGGACAUGUCUGAAGACACUGGAAAAUACAGAACAAAUAGAAUUUCUUCCCCUGAAAGAUGGGAACUCAAACAAAUGCAAGCGGCUGGGACACUUGAUAAGCAAACUCUGUUAGAAUUAGAUGAAGAGCUUCAUGUUCUCAAUGAUAAUGACGAUGACGAAGAAGACAUUGAAGUGGAAUUAGCGGAAGAAGAACCAGCAUUUCUUAGAGGGGUUGGGGGAGGUCGCUUGCUCCAUGAUUUGUCCCCGGUGCGCAUAGUUAAAAAUCCAGAUGGUUCUCUUGCUCAAGCUGCCAUGAUGCAAAGUGCUCUCUCCAAGGAGAGAAGGGAGACUAAAAUGAUUGAGAGAGACGAAGCUGGUGGAAAUCGAGGUCAGCGAGGAUCUCGAACAAAUUGGAAUGAUCCCCUCCCCGAAGAACCGGAAGGAGGAGAAAACGCAUCCAGAGGAAUUGGGAUGCCUUCAAACUCAGCCAUUGAAUUGCCUGAAUGGAAAAAACACAUUAUUGGAGGCAAAAAAGCCAGUUAUGGAAAAAAGACCACAAUGUCCAUUUUGGAACAACGACAAUCGCUUCCCAUUUUUAAGUUAAAGGAUGAACUUGUAAAAGCCGUAUCGGACAAUCAGAUUUUGAUUGUUAUUGGGGAGACUGGAUCCGGAAAAACGACCCAAAUUACUCAAUACUUGGCUGAAGCAGGGUUCACAACUCUGGGUAAACUUGGUUGUACCCAACCUAGAAGAGUGGCUGCAAUGUCCGUCGCUAAAAGAGUGGCUGAAGAGUUUGGGUGUAGAUUGGGACAAGAGGUUGGAUACACUAUCCGUUUCGAAGAUUGCACGUCUCCAGAAACCCAGAUAAAGUACAUGACGGAUGGUAUGCUGUUGAGAGAGUGCUUACUUGAUUCUGACCUCAAGGGUUACUCUGUCCUCAUGUUGGAUGAAGCCCACGAACGCACCAUUCACACUGACGUCCUAUUUGGCCUGCUAAAGAAAGCUGUGACCAAGAGGAAGGAUCUCAAACUAAUUGUAACUUCGGCUACACUCGAUGCUGUGAAGUUUUCCCAAUAUUUCAACGCAGCUCCAAUCUUCACAAUCCCUGGAAGAACAUUCCCUGUAGAAAUCCUCUACACGAAAGAACCUGAAACUGAUUACUUGGACGCUAGUUUGAUCACAGUGAUGCAAAUUCACUUAAAUGAACCCCCUGGCGACAUUCUUUUAUUUCUCACUGGUCAAGAAGAAAUCGACACAGCUUGUGAAGUUUUGUAUGAAAGAAUGAAAAGUUUAGGACCAGAUGUCCCAGAACUUAUUAUCCUCCCUGUUUAUUCAGCUCUUCCUUCUGAAAUGCAAACAAGAAUUUUUGACCCAGCUCCACCCGGAUCAAGAAAAGUUGUAAUUGCCACUAAUAUUGCGGAGACAAGUUUAACCAUUGACGGGAUAUAUUACGUAGUUGAUCCUGGAUUUGUCAAACAGAAAGUGUACAACUCAAAGAAUGGGAUGGAUGCUCUUAUAGUUACUCCAAUUUCUCAAGCUCAAGCUAAACAGAGAGCUGGUCGUGCCGGACGAACAGGACCAGGGAAAACAUAUCGAUUGUACACUGAGCGAGCCUACAGGGACGAAAUGCUUCCAACACCGGUACCCGAAAUCCAACGAACAAAUCUUGCAUCUACUCUAAUUCAACUCAAGGCAAUGGGAAUCAACGACCUUCUGCACUUUGACUUUAUGGACUCUCCUCCAGUUGAAGCUCUGGUGAUGGCUUUAGCCCAGCUUCACUCCCUCUCUGCCCUGGAUGACGAAGGGUUGUUAACAAGGCUUGGACGACGGAUGGCCGAAUUUCCACUAGAGCCCCCGCUCGCAAAAAUUGUCAUCAUGUCUGUACAGUUAGGUUGUUCAGAAGAAAUUUUGACGAUCGUGUCCAUGCUCUCCGUUCAAAACGUCUUCUAUCGGCCAAAGGAUAAACAGGAGUUGGCGGAUCAGAGAAAAGCCAAAUUCCAUCAAGCGGAAGGUGAUCACUUAACCUUGCUGGCUGUCUAUAAUGCAUGGAAAAAUAACAAAUUCGCUCCAGCAUGGUGUUAUGAAAACUUUGUACAAGUCAGAACUCUUAAAAGAGCUCAGGAUGUGAGGAAACAGUUGCUUGGCAUUAUGGAUCGUCACAAGCUAGACGUGGUUUCUUGCGGUAAAUCGACGUCAAAAGUACAACAAGCUAUUUGCUCUGGAUUCUUUAGAAACGCUGCAAAAAAGGAUCCCCAAGAAGGAUACAGAACCUUAGUCGACUCUCAGGUAGUUUACAUUCAUCCCUCAAGUGCUGUUUUCAAUCGACAACCAGAGUGGGUGGUGUAUCACGAAAUUGUUCAGACAACAAAGGAGUACAUGAGAGAAGUGACGACAAUAGACCCGCGUUGGCUGGUGGAGUAUGCACCUGCAUAUUUUAGAUUUUCAGACCCCACAAAAUUGUCCAAAUUCAAAAAGAACCAGCGACUCGAACCGCUCUACAAUAAGUACGAAGAACCAAAUUCAUGGCGAAUUUCCAGAGUUCGCAAGCGAAGGAAUUAAUCCGUUUUUUGAUUAUUAUUUCGAUGGCGGUAUCCGUAUUUAUUGUACUAUAAAUUAAUUUUAGACGGUCUAUUAGUAUUAAUAUUUUCAUUAAAAAUAUACUUAUGUUGUAAUGACGUUUUCAGACAAGAUUUCAUUAAAAUGUUUGUCAAAAAAA